AUGAUAAGAAGAAUUACAUCGUCGACACUCGGUAAUGAUUCUUUCACUAGAGUUUUAGGAUUGAGAUGGAAGUCUAAGUCUAUUUCAUCAUCUAGAUGGUUAAAUCGCCAAAAAAAUGAUUCGCAUACGAAAGAGUCAAAAUUGCAGAACUAUAGGUCAAGGGCGGCAUUCAAAUUGAUGGAGAUCGAUGAUAAAUACAGGAUAUUUAACAAAAACUCUAAAAACAUAGUCGAUUUAGGGUUUGCUCCUGGUGCAUGGACCCAAGUUGCGAUUGAACGUACUAAAUCUUUGAACAUUAAUGCAAAUAUAAUAGGUGUUGACUUAAUCAAUUGUAGCCCACCAGAAGGAGCAAGCUUCAUACAGGGAGAUAUUUUGUCGAAAAAGACGCAUAAUAAUAUUAAAGACUUCUUUAAUACCAAGAAAAGCGAAAGUGAGCUUGAAACAUGGCCUGUUGACUUGAUAAUAAGCGACAUGAUGGCCAACACAUCUGGAAUUAAGGAUAACGAUCAUUAUGCAAGUAUGGAGCUAUGUGAUGGGGCGUUGAUACUAGCAAGUGCGCUAUUGAAUAAGAAUGGUAGCAUGGUAAUGAAGUUUUAUACUGGAAAGGAAGAUGGUUUACUAAAAGACAAAUUACAAAAAAUGUUUCAUAAGGUAUUCAAAAUGAAACCUUCAGCAUGCAGGGAUGAACUGAGAGAAAUGUAUUACAUUGGU